ACGCGCCGCCUUCAGCCACUUUGCGGGUGGCUCGGUGUGGUGCUCUUGCUGGUGUUACUCCUCCUCCCGCUCUUCCUGCUGACAGCCCUACUCGGCCCCGCGAUGCCUGCGGACCUCAGCAAGUGGACCGGGCCCCUGUGCCUGCAGGAAGCGGACGAGCAGCCGCAGCACUUGCUGCGUGUCACGUACCCCGGGGCGGUGAACGGCGAGCUGGGCCAAGUGCUGACGCCCACCCAGGUGAAGGACCGGCCCACCCGCAUCGAAUGGGAUGGCCUCGAUCCUGGCACACUCUACACCUUGGUCCUGACAGACCUGGAUGCUCCCAGCAGGAGCAAUCCCAAGUACAGGGAGUGGCACCAUUUUCUGGUGGGCAACAUGAAAGGCGGCAACAUCAGCAGCGGCACGGUCCUCUCUGAUUAUGUGGGCUCUGGGCCCCCCAAGGGCACAGGCCUCCACCGCUAUGUCUGGCUGGUUUAUGAGCAGGACGGGCCACUCAAGUUUGAUGAGCCCAUUCUCAGCAACCGAUCUGGAGAUGGCCGUGGCAAUUUCAAGGUGGUGUCUUUCCGCAAGAAGUACAAACUUGGGUCCCCAGUGGCGGGCACCUGUUACCAGGCUGAAUGGGAUGACUAUGUGCCCAAACUCUAUGAGCAGCUGUCCGGGAAGUAGAGAAAAGCCGGGAAACGUAAACUGCUCCAGAGGCCCCAAGCAGUAGUCCCAAAUUCAGUGAUGCAUGUUGAUUUCUCCUUUCCCCUGCUUUCAUUUGUACAAGAGAGCCUUGAGCAGUCAGAUGGUGGUUAAGGGUGAUUUUCCUGCUGCCUGUUUAGAAUUACAGAGGGGUACAUACCCCACUUUAUGUUUUGAUCAAAUAUGAAAACCAUUCUUGGGGAUAUUUUGGUACUAUGGUGGGGUCAUCAAAUUGUUAACAUAAAAUAGCAACCCAGAAUUUAAAGAAGAAAAAAUCCAGGUAAAAAGAUCAGGUCUACAGUAAUCAGGCAGAGUAUUAAAGAAACUUUAAGGGAGCUAUGAUUAAGUAGCCUCUGCCUUCGUGAGCCCAACUCCAGAAUUGUGCGUGGCAGCAUCUUCUGAGAAAUGUUUUUAUGGUGUGUCUCACCAAGAGAGCCAGAGGCCGGCACCUCAGCCAAACCCCAUCAUGGUCCACCUCGCGGUCAGCUGGUGGCAGUGCUCCACUCUGGCCCCUUUAUGAGAGCAGUGCCAGAGAGUUACUUUUUGGUGUUGAGGCCUGGGCGUCCCCACAGGCAGCAGUGCUGGGCGGGACGUGGGCAGAACCCUUAGAUCUGAGCCUGUGAACUGCAGUGGUGUUAAGACAAACUGGUCUGGAGUUGCUGAAUGUGUUAAUUUUGCUGUUUGCUUGUAGUUGAAUAAAAAUAAAAACACUGA